AUGGCUUAUUGGAUGGGAAUGCUAUGCUAUCGGACGUUCAAAAGUGAAAGGAUCAGCGGUGGUAGAGGUGACUCGCUUGAUGCCUUUAUUGUAUUUAAAGAAGUCUUAAUUAUUCAAGCUGCGGUAGUAGAUGAGCUAUCGCCAACAACUGCCCAAUAUAUAAAAGAAAUGAAAUAUUUUGGUGAAGAAGAGCGUAGCGAGUCGACACCGUUAGAUUGGAAGAUCGAGCGACCCGAACAUUUGCGUUCACAACGCCGAAUAAGUUCCUCAUCCAGGCGGGGCUCAAAACGUCCAAAGCAACCAAUACUCUCAGAUGUGGCCAUGGGCAAGGUUAUUAGCCUUAAUGAUGCAGAGAAAGGUAUACUUCCAAUUGAGACAAAAAAUACUGAAGAACUCUUAACUCGGCCAGUUCUGAAUGUUAUAUGGGAGCCUACAAAAGAGGACCAGGUCUUGGAUACCCAGCCUGUCUUGGUCAAUUUGUACUAUGAACCUGGUGAAGGAGAAUCUGUGGAAAUCUCCAAAACAGGAGAGGAUUUUCCGAGCGUUUCAGAAGAAACAGCUAUAGCCCCUUCUACUGAUGUUGUUCCAUCUGUCAGCUUAACGACAACGAAGAAGCGAACACGAGUUUCAGAGCCUAGUCCAGGUUACACUAAGAAGGUUACUGAAACAAUAACCACAACAAAAGAAAUCAGAAGAGCACAACCAAUGUCCACGCCAGAGGGAGAGGAAGGACAAAUCAAGUCGAAAUCUCCAGAAAAGCCCAAAGAAAAGAAGAAAAGGGUAGGAAAAGUGCUAGCACUCUCGUCAGAAACUAUAGGCGAACAAAUUAAGAAAACGAAUUUUAAAUCGGGGAAACCUACGAAAGUCUAUACAGUCCCAGUUCCUCAAAUUCCUGCAAACUGUCCACGUGAGCCGGUGGUACUCAUGACUCCACAAGCCACGCAGAGGGAGACACCCACUCCCUCUACAGCGGAUAGAAUGAUGACCAAAUCCUUUACUGGAAGCGAAAAACUUUCUCCAGGGUUGAGUGAUAUAAAGGCUGAUAAUUUGAGCGAGGACAUGACACAAGCAUCCGAUUCAGCCACAGCUCGAUAA